AAACACAUUUUACAUUUUUUUGUUAUGUUUUCAAUAUAAUUUAUUAUUUAAAUUGAUAGGUUUUAAGUACGCAUUCUAUAAAAAUGUUUUUGAAUACUAUUCGUACAUUGUCGUCUACACUUUUCAAAGCAUCAAGUGGUCUAUCAAUCGGAAAUAAAAUUGUAUCUAACAAUGCAAGAAAUGUGUACACAAGUCUUGUUAAAUAUAAUGAAUUGUCUGUUGAAGAUGAAAUGAAACGAGAUUCGCCAAAAGAUAGGUCGACAGUGGUUCCAGCUGAAACUAGUAUUGAAUAUCUGAAAAGUGAUGCGUAUAAAUCCACGUAUGGAAAUGAUCCCGUAUGGAAAGAAUAUCGCAGAAAUCACAAAGGAAGUAUUCCACCAAAAAAAACUAGAAAAAUGUGUAUUAGAUCUGAUAUGAUUGCAACUGGUAAUCCAUGUCCAAUAUGUCGUGACGAAUACCUCAUACUCGACUACAGAAAUGUGGAUUUGCUCAAACAAUUCAUAUCUCCGUAUUCUGGAAAAUUAUUAUCCUACAAAUUAACUGGAAUUUGCCAAAAACAACAUGAAAAUUUGAUAGUUGCCGUAAAAAAAGCCAAAGACUGGGGAUUCAUUAAAUUUGAUCUUCCAAUCAAACAUUACAAUUAUGAUGAAUUUAAAAAUUCAAAUUAGUAUAAUAUUUCUCACAUAAAUAAUGUAAUUGAACUUGUACAGAAAUACAUGUUUGAUUUUGUAGAUGCACAUU